GAGACAAGAAUGGAAGUAGUUAAGGUGCUGCACAUGAAGGGAGGCGUUGGAGAAGCAAGUUAUGCAAACAAUUGCUAUAUUCAGCAAAAGGUGCUUCAUUUGACAAAAUCCAUCAGAGAGGAAGCAAUAACCAGCCUCUAUCACAACACACUUCCAAGAAGCUUGGGAAUUGCAGAUUUGGGUUGUUCUUCAGGACCCAACACCCUGUUUGUUGUGUCUGAAAUAAUAAAGACUGUGGAGAAGCUUUGCCGACAACUUAACCAAAAAUCUCCCGAAUACAAAGUCUUUCUUAAUGAUCUUCCCGGAAAUGACUUCAAUAGCAUCUUUAAGUCCCUUGGCAGCUACAAAGAUAAACUACGUCGUGAAAUAAAAACUGCCGUUGGUCCAUGCUAUUUCUUUGGAGUCCCAGGUUCUUUCUAUGGCAGAGUUUUUCCUGAUCGAAGUUUGCAUUUUGUGCAUUCUUCUUACAGCCUCCAGUGGCUAUCUAAGGUUCCAAAGGGUGUAAAUAACAAUAAGGGCAACAUUUACAUAAGCAGCACAAGCCCCUCAAACGUCCCUAACGCAUACUAUGAACAAUUUCAAAGAGAUUUCUCUGAUUUUCUCAAGUGUCGUGCGGAGGAAUUAGUUGAAGGAGGUUGCAUGGUUCUAACAAUGUUGGGAAGAAGCAGCAUCGAUCCAUGCAGUAAGGAGGCUUGCUCCAUUUGGGAACUUAUGGCUACGGCUCUUAAUGACAUGGUCCUACAGGGAACGAUAAAGGAAGAGCAAGUGGAUACUUUUAACAUCCCUCAGUAUGCUCCAUCCCCAUUUGAAGUAAAAUUGGAGGUUCUUAAAGAAGGAUCAUUCACCAUCAAUCGGUUGGAAUUGUCUGAAGUUAACUGGAAUGCUUUUGAAUUUGACUUCGAAAAGUCUGAAUCAUUUGAUGACAGUGCAUACAACAUGGCACAGUGCAUGAGGGCUGUGGCAGAGCCUAUGCUGGUUAGCCACUUUGGUGAAGCUAUAAUUGAAGAGGUUUUUAGGCGCUACCAAAAAAUCUUGGAUGAUCGUAUGUCCAAGGAGAAAACUGAAUUCGUCAAUGUUACAAUACUCUUGACUAGAAAAGCGUGA